AUGGAGUCCUCAAGCCCACAGGCAAUGUGCUACCGUCAGGCGGCCUUGGCGGUUCUGAAAGGGGAUCUUUCCACCAGGGACGCCUUGCAGGCAUGUCUCGCCCACCUCGGACAUGACGGAGCCCUGCAUCUAGACGACAACGAGCUAGGCGACCGCAUCCUCGGCGAGCUGUUCUGGAAGGGCGACUUUGGGCCCGUUGCGGCUUGUAUCAAACUCUGCGAGUCCGCGCCCCUGCCCGAUAUCGUUCAUGGUAAGGUUCAUUUUUUGGAUGAUCAGGCCACGGCUAACCAAAGUCAAGUUGACCAACUCCUUUCCAUUUUUCUUGCGGCUACCUCGGAAUCGGCCAGACUGGAGGACUUGCAGUCGCUGCCCGGCUCAGAGAUCAUGGGCUCUGCGCUCUUCCGCCAAGCCUUGAUCAUAACGGCAAUUAGCAUUAAUAAUCUGAACCUGGCCAAGGAGCUCACCUACGAUGCAACCUUGCCCCUCCCGCCGGAUGAACAGCAGUGCGUGUUCAAGAUGCACAUUUCGCCAUUCUCGACACGCCAUCGAGUCCCCGAAUGCCUAUUGGUCCCUCUAAUCAACGCAGGAUGGUUGCAGGCGUCGCCAGAGUACCUCGGCCAGGCCGCGUGCAGCGAGGAUGCAGCAUACGGCAUUGCCUUGUUUGAAGCUCUACAGAACGGAGGUGUGGACUUGUACUCGAAUCCCAUCUAUGGCGAAGCACUACUCCGCGCCGCAGUCACCACCAGCCAGCCUGAGCUGGUCGAGUAUCUACGUGCAAGGUUUCCCCUACCCCUCACCGACGAUAUGGUGAUUCAGGCCGUCGAGGCCAGAAACGCUGGCGGCGUGGAGAUGCUCAGAUAUCUUCUGGAUCAUAACCUUGAUGUAAAUCAUCUUCGCUCUGAUGAUAUUCUGGGCAGCGACCCAAGAGAUCGAGCUGAGCGGGAUUACGCAGCCGGAACUGGGCCCAUGCCCAUCUCCGAAACCAAGACGGCUCUUCAUGCUGCUGCUGCAAAGGGCAAUCAUGAGGCUAUGGCCUACCUGCUGGAGAGAGGCGCAGACAAGAAAUUGAAAGAUGGUCUAGGCCAUACUGCGCAAGACAUUGCUGAAGCGCGAGGUUUGGUCGAAGCAUUGGAACUAUUGAAACGCGACUAG